UAGAAAUCAGCAAAGUGUUGAUCAAAAAGAUAAUUACAACGCAACAAGGGACAGUGACGAAUUGCUCGGGUGGUGGCGGAGGCGAAGGUGGAGGUGGAGGUGGCGGUAGAAUUGGCGGUGGCAACGACAACGGUGGCGGCGACGGACGAGAGACGCUCACGUAUGCGACCGCGACUGAUACGAUAGAGGAGGUGGAGGUAGAGGUCGACGAGGUUAAGAUGGAAGCCGAGGAUCACCUGGCAAGAGAGUAUGUGCAGGAGUUUGUUCUUGAUCAUUUGGAUCCUGCUGAUGUCAAACGAGAGAUACGAAUGGGCUCACCGACAGUGAUGGUGAACAGUAGCGUGGUGCAGCUUUCGGGACAAGUGCAAUCACAGGGUUUAGCCUUGGCACCAUUAACACCGCCCGCGCACGAGUUAGAGCAACCACAUCCAUUAUAUGGUCAACCCCAUAUUCAGGUGCAGCACGGUGUCCUAGUAAAAGCACCGCCUAGCGCUGCAGCGCAUCUUACCACUUUAUCCCAUCCGGGUACGCCGCCGGAUACGCCGCCUGUUUCGGCGUCGCCACCGCCAUUGCAACUGCACCGCGGCGAUCGAGAUUCUCGCGAUGUGCGUGACCUUCGCGAUCGCGGUAGUAUAUUGUUGCAGUUGCAGCAACCGACGUUAGUACAAGAAGAAAUGCAGGUCAGUACGGGUGGUAUGGGUUGGCUAACACAGUCAUUGAGACAAGAACCAUUGGAUCUAAGGCCUCACUGUCCUCAAGAGCAAACUCCGGAACCUCAUCAUGAACCUUGGUCAGCCACGUCGGCGCAUCAUCAUUUUCAGGAAUUGCAACAUCUGUCGCGACCAACGAGGCAUACCGGUGGAUAUUUGGCAAUGUCAAAUCAUCUAGAAUAUUAUAGUGGUCCGAAUGCAGGAGGAGGAAUGCUUCCCGCAGGCGGGGGUGUAAUGCAGGGAAUGGAGGAUAGUAUGCAAGGCUUAUCAAUACAACCGGGCAGACCAUUAAGUGUCUGUUCCGUGAGUUCUUGCAGCGCUGGUGGACCCACGCCAGCCCAUCGUUCGAGCAACGGUCUAUACUCUAAUUGUAAUGGUACGAAUCCUCAGGAGGAACUCAUGGACGAUGAACUGUUGAUGUCGCUUUCUGUACGCGAACUCAAUAAACGUCUUCAUGGUUGUCCACGGGAACAGGUUGUGCGAUUGAAGCAAAAACGGCGAACACUAAAGAAUCGCGGUUAUGCUCAGAACUGUCGCAGCAAACGACUACAGCAACGACAAGAUCUCGAGAGCACCAAUCGGAACUUGCAAAAUGAACUUCAACGUACGAAGAUUGAGUUGACGCGGAUUCAACAGGAACGUGACCUUUACAAGCAAAGAUACGAUAUGUUGAGAACGCGACAGAGUCACCAUCAUAAUCAUAAUCACAAUCAUAAUCAUCAUCAACAACAAAUGACGCAGCAACAACAACAUCAAACUCAAAAUCAGCAACCACAUUCACAGCAACAACAGCAACACCAACCAGCACCUGCAAGUCCUGAAGUUUAUCUGUGACAUCGACAGCGCCGAGGAGGCGCUUGUUGGACUUAAAGAAUUCGUUGUAUUAAUGGAUUCUUCUAUUGGUGAGUAAAGACAAAUUAGAGAUAUUAUAUGUGAGUUGUACAUUGUAUGCAUAAUAUGAAUUAGUUGCACA